GUUCGUCGUUUUCCUUCUAUGAUGUACAGUAUCUAGCCAGAACUAGAAGGAAGAGGAAGCCAAUUCGCUAGACGUGCCUAAAUCUUCGAGGACGAGGACGAGGACGAGGACAAGGAGGGAGAAGAAGAAGAAAAUGGCGAUGCAGGCGAAGAUGGAGAAAAUGGAGAUGCGUCAGCAGUAUCGGAACCAUUGGCACACCGAUCUCUUGAACGCCACUGCGGCAGAUCCUGUUUUUUGCUGUUUCGCGUUCUUCUGUGGUCCAUGUGCAUCAUACAUGCUGCGCAAGCGAGCUCUUUACAAUGAUAUGUCGAGGUAUACAUGCUGUGGAGGCUAUAUGCCUUGCAGUGGUCAUUGCGGAGAAAGUACAUGCCCGGAAUUUUGUCUAUGCACUGAGGUUUCUCUUUGCUUUGCGAAUUCAGUUGCCUCAACACGCUUCAUGCUACAAGAUGAAUUCGAUAUACAGACAACCAAAUGUGAUAAUUGCAUCAUUGGAUUCAUGUUCUGCUUACAGCAGCUAGCCUGCAUAUGUUCCCUCAUCGCUUGCAUUGUCGGAAGUGAGGAAAUUGAAGAUGCUGCUCAGAUGUUGAACUGUCUGGCUGACAUGGUUUAUUGCUCGGUUUGCCCCUGUAUGCAGACUCAGCACAAAACUGAGAUGGAUAAAAGAGAUGGCAAGUUUGGAUCGGCAGCAGCAGCAACAAUGGCAGUGCCUCCUGUUCAACAAAUGUCCCGUAUAGAUCAUUCUUUACCCCCUUCAGUUGGAUAUCUGCCUCCACCAGCCUACAGCUACCCACCACAUCAGCAACCUCAGGGCGCUUACCCACCUCCACAUUAUAAUUACUACCCACCGCCUCCACAUUUCCAUGGAUAUCCUCCACCUACCCAAGGCUAUUACCCACCGCCACAGCCCUAUGGGUAUUUCCCACCUCAGCCUUAUGGAUAUUCCCCCCCACCUCAACAAGCCCCAGGCUCCCCCCCUGAUUUACAAUCCCAUGUAUACCCUCCACCACCUCCACAAAACCAAGGCUCUUCCCCUGUUUCGCACACCGAGGGAUACACUCAGCCCCCUCAACAAGCCCAAGCCACGACCCCUUCUUCAGAAAUCUCACCUUCACAGGCUCAAGGCCCUUCUCCUCCAGUACAAUCUCAUGAACAUCCCCAAGCUCCACCAGAACAGAGCCAUUCCCCUGCUGGUGCUGCUCAUCCGCCUCCAAGUCAUCGUGUGUAAACGGUAAAUCGAAAACUUGAGACGGUAAUAUGGGUAGUAAGAUCCAGGAAAACUGGCUCUUAAAGCCUUACUGGAUGACCAAGUAUAUCAACAAUCAAUUUAUACCAUAUCUUUCCUUCUGUCUAUACUUCAUGAGCUGUGUUUUCUAUACCGUGCCUAUGGUUAUUUGAUCCUGUCAGCUAAUUUUGCAGCCGUUGACAGUUGAUUCUUUGUAGUUUGCAUCCUCAGACUUUGUCUAUUAACCAACUUUGCUCCAGCGCCGUAUCUGUUUCCUCCUCCUUUCCAGGCGAAUAAUAGAAUCCUGCUGCUUUUUAAACUUCGCCACUAAAUAGGCAUUCGACUAGCAAGUUGGUGCCUUUUCACAUUCUUAGAUUAGUGGUUUGCUUGACAUGAUGUUUUACGGGUCAAGGUCUACCACUAGCCAUUUUCCUUUUUGGUUGUUUUCUGCAGGUGCUCUAGAGAAUAUUGCUUGCAAUUGUGAAUGUUUAAUUUGGUUCGUUAACUUUCAUGUAGCUCUCCCAGCCAAAAAAAGUACCGAAUGGUGGUAUAAUUACAAUACUCUAUUAUUUAGUGCUUGCUUGCA